ACCCAAAGAUCGGUUGAGACGAUUUUGUGUCAUGGAUGGCACCGACAUGACCGUCAUGACCGAUGAACAACUCCUUCAGACCUGCGCGCACUUGGAAAGCCGGGGCCAGAUGCAGCUCACGUUGCUAUCAAAUUUGGAGGAGGAGAGAAGUGCCCUUCAAACCCAACGAGAACUGUUGCAGAGACGUAUCUUUGAGGUGCAGCAGGAAGCCAGAACUGCAGCCAUGGCACGUCCUGAGAGAUUUCAGCCCAACGUCCCCACUUUGAGGGCGCCUGAGAGGCUACAGUUGAAGCUGCACGACGCAGCAAUUGAGCUGACUUGGUUCUGGCAGCCUUGGCAGCCAGGGCAGCCCACAUGGCCCUUGAGAUCUGUGCGAUUUGAGGUUCAACAACUCUCAGAUGGAGUCGGGGGCCGCCUACGGGUUCGCACCUUUCAGUGUGAGGCCAGCAGCCAGGUGGAGCAGCGAUGUUUGAUCGACUCCUGGACCCGCGGCAAGGCCUAUGCUUUCCAAGCCAGGGCCUGUGCAGAGGUAGGGGAUGCUUCGGAGCCAAAGGAGCUUUGGACAUCGAUCUCUUCAGUAUUUUCUGAGCCAGUAACCUUGCCAGCUGAGUCUCCAGGGUUGAACAGCAGGGAUUCCUUGGUGGUUUCCAGCCCGCCUGGGGAGAUGCGGGCUGAAGCUUAUGCAUCGCAUACAUUUCACAAGGCUGAACAGCAGACAGUUUCCCCACAAUUCAGCCCAGCAGCUGCAACUGCCACAGCCAAAGCCCAAGAAGAGGCCUGUCGCAGAGAAGCGGCAGAGAUGGCUUUGGAAAAGAUCAAGGCAGAAUUGGAUGAGGAACGACGGUCUUACCACGAACUCCUUGCUCAGCCAACAGCCAAAGCCCAAGAAGAGGCCUGUCGCAGAGAAGCGGCAGAGAUGGCUUUGGAAAAGAUCAAGGCAGAAUUGGAUGAGGAACGACGGUCUUACCACGAACUCCUUGCUCAGCCAACAGCCAAAGCCCAAGAAGAGGCCUGUCGCAGAGAUGCGGCAGAGACGGCUUUGGAAAAGAUCAAGGCAGAAUUGGAUGAGGAACGACGGUCCUACCACGAACUCCUUGCUCAGCCAACAGCCAAAGCCCAAGAAGAGGCCUGUCGCAGAGAAGCGGCAGAGAUGGCUUUGGAAAAGAUCAAGGCAGAAUUGGAUGAGGAACGACGGUCCUACCACGAACUCCUUGCUCAGCCAACAGCCAAAGCCCAAGAAGAGGCCUGUCGCAGAGAAGCGGCAGAGAUGGCUUUGGAAAAGAUCAAGGCAGAAUUGGAUGAGGAACGACGGUCUUACCACGAACUCCUUGCUCAGCCAACAGCCAAAGCCCAAGAAGAGGCCUGUCGCAGAGAAGCGGCAGAGACGGCUUUGGAAAAGAUCAAGGCAGAAUUGGAUGAGGAACGACGGUCCUACCAUGAACUGUGGGUGCGGCAUGAGGAGCAAGGCGGUGAGAUUUUUGUUUUGAAGGAGGAAGUGCAGCAAUGGAGAGCAGAGCUCAAGGAAGCCAAGAAUAUGGAUUCCCAGCACACCGGUGAAUUCGAUGAGUGGAAACAGAAGGCACAGUUGGAGCAGGAGGAGUUACGCAGCCGUCUUCAGAACAGUGAGGAGACCAUCCGCAGAGCUGCGGAAAAGGAAGCAGAACAAGCUAAGCUGUUGGAGACGAAUGGUCGUUUGCGCAUAGAGCUGGAGCGCUGGAAGUCUGAAGAGCAGCUGUGCAGGGAGCAACUGGAGAAGAUCAAGAUGGAAAAGGAAGUCGCAGAUCGCACCAUCCAUUCUCUCCAAGAAUCCAACCAGGAACGGUUCCAAGAACUUCAGCGGCUGGAACGUCCACCCAUUAGCUCGCCCGCCUUCAGCCGGGCAGAGCCACAGCUCCCACGGCAAUCCGAAGGGCACCAAAUGGUUUCCCUUCAAACAGCUCACCUCCUUCCCGCCAACCCAGCACACCCAAGGGAUCCAAGGAGCGCAGGGGAGAUGUUCGGCUCUGCUCCUGAUGCUUUGGGGCCCACAGUUGUACAACUUCCACGGCAUCAUCUUGGGGCGGUGCAUGACAUGUCCAGGAUAGAGCGUCCGGCUGGUCCACAAGUUGCUCCACUUCCAGCUAGUCAACUUCCAGUUGCUCAUUUCAGUCAACCAGUUGGACCAGUUGGACCAGUUGGACCAGUUGGUCAACUUCCACAUCUUCCUGUUGGUCAUCUUUCAGGUACCUGCGGUCCCUGCGGUCCCUGCGGUCCCUGCAUCUCUCCUCCGCUGUCCUGUUCCCAUUCCUUCACCCCCAGCGACAGCGUCGGCUACGGCGAUGACCUGCCGCCGCCCCCCCGGAGCGCGCCCAGCCGUGCGCUGGAGAGUUCGGUCACUGCAGCGGUGACCGGCGGAGCGCCGAGUGGGAGCUAUGUGCUGUCGAUGUUGACCAGUGAGAACCGUUGGGAGCUGUUUCAUUUCGGAGAUGGCCGUGGACCCUUGGAGCAGCAAGCCCUGGAAUUUCUCAGGGAAAAGAGGCUCAAAGCCGCCUUGGCCCCGGGCUUGGCCAGCAAGAUGCGAUCGAUGAUCAAUGCAGGGCUCACGCCGCCACCGGACUAUAGCUACAGCAGCUAUAGUUAUGGCUACCCACCGCCACCGCAGUACGGCUACCCUCCGCCCAUGCACCCACCACCGCCGGGCUAUGGAGCGUAUGGCGCGCCGCCGCCAGGACAGUGGCCGCAGGCUUUGUGCUUGCUGGCGGAGGCUCAUGGCAAAAAUUUGGCCAAUGCCAUCAUUUUCUCCAGCGUCCUGAGGAGUCUGAGUGCCUGGCGACGUGGCAGCGAGCUUCUGCGAUGUUUUGGAGGAUCUCAACUGCAAGGAGAUGUGAUCAUGUUCAACACCGCUGUUGGCGCCUCCCAGGACUGGCAACAGGCAGUGCAUCGCUUCAGCUUCGACCGUGAAGAUCUGCCGGCGAAUCGGAGAUCGUACAAUGUGGCCAUCAGUGCUUGCAGAACUUCCUGGCAGUUUUCCUUCAAUUUCCUCCCUUCGAUGUUGGCUGCACGCUGGGACCCCGACGUGGUCACUUUCAAUUUGCUCAUCUCCCAGCAGCGGUGGCGCAGGGCUCUGGAGCUGCUACGGUGCAUGAGGGAUUUCGUGAAGGUGACCAGUGUGAGCUUGAACAGCGCCAUCAGCAGCACCUCAUUUUUGGCGCCCCUGGCAAUCGCCUCCUGGCAGCAGCCCCUGCAGCUGUUCGGAGGCUUCAGCGAUGCGACGUUGCGGCGGGAUGUCAUCAGCUACAGUGCCAUCGUCAGUGCCACCACAGCGCUGUCGGCACCAUGGCCGGUGGCAGUGGAGCUGAACACGAUGCGAAUGCAAAGUUUGGAAGGGAACCUGGUGAGCACCAAUGGUUUGAUGGCGGCAGUCAGAUGGCAACGUGCUGCCCACAUUCUCAAGACGCUGCGGCAUGGGCCGCAAGCGGAUGCCAUCACCUUCAACACGGCGCUGGACGGCUACGCAGCUGCGACCUGUUGGGGCGAUGCAGUGAACUUGGCAGAGGAGAUGAGUCGACAUCAGGAUUUCACUUCCAGUGGUCUCAUGAGUUCUUUUGAACGAGCCGCGGUGUGGCCUCAUGGCCUACGUGUGGUGAACAUGGUGGCAGUAGCAUCGGCCAUGUGUUUGUGCCAACGCCUGGAGCAUUGGAUGGACUGCCUGCAGCUCUUCCAGGCCCUGGCUCUGCGCCGCCUGCGGCCCAACGAGUUGGUCUACAGCGCUGCUAUGGGCGCCAUGACUGUGUGCGGCCGCUGGCACCAGAGCGUCAUGCUGUGGGGCAGGGCAAAGUCUGAGAACUCGGUGGAUAUGUUGGCUCUGGACCUCCUCCCAUCCCCAUUCGCAUCCAACGUGGCCACCUGCGCUGCACUGGGCGCUGCCCCGUGGCCCCAGGCGCUGCAGCUCUUCGUUCCUUUGGCCCAGCAGCGCGUGGCCAACCUGGUCGCCAGCACUGCGAUGGCCGCAGUGUGUCGCGCCGAUGCUGGGGCCGUGUGCUCCGAAGUGCUCGCAGAGCUGCAGGGGCGAAGUGACUACUGGGAGCAUAUGCCAGAACUUGGAGUUUGUGUUCAUCAUCACCUGCAACCUCGCAAGAAGUUCCAGGACAAGCCGAAGGAGCCACAAAAGAUGAAAGCCUGCGCAGGGGAACCUGCACCUUCAACAGUGUCGGGAUCUCAGCAACGCGCAGGGGAACCUGCUUGCCCUUCAGUGGUUCAAGACACCAUGCAGUCCUGGUUCCUCUAUGGUGGCAUGCUCUUCGUGCCCCUCACGGUGUCGUACCUGCAAGAGUGGGGCUCCAAGUGGCUGCACGAUGCUCCGGUGGAUUUGGUGAUGUUGCAGAAAGAAGGCAUGAAGAAACAUGCCGAGGAGCAAAUCGUGAUCCUGAGCAAAUGCUAUCCAUCCAGGCGCACGGCGGGCUACUCGCUGCUGAACGAGCGCCGGGUGGCGUCAGUGCAGGGCCAAGCGGUGAAAAACAUCCGAGAGAUGUAUGCAUUGAUUCAGGAACUGGAGAAAACCGAAGACUACAUUCAUUUAAGUCUGUCCUGUGUGGGCAGCGACAUGGUGGCGGCCAUCGCCACCUCCACGGCCAAAGAUGUCAACGAGGAGGUGAUGAAAGUUUAUCGCAUUCCUUCGACAGCGUCCCCGGACCUGUUGACGGAAGUCCCGGAAGCCUGA